AUGAGUUAUGCCACACAUCAAGAAAGAGAUAAUGUUAUGAGACAACUCAAGCAGCAAAGAGAAAACUGUAGAUGUUUUGAAUGUGGGACUGCAAAUCCUACCUGGGCAUCAGUUACUUAUGGAAUUUUUCUUUGUAUUCAAUGUGCUGGACUUCAUCGAGGAUUAGGUGUUCAUUUAACAUUUGUAAGAUCAGUUGAUAUGGACGAAUGGAAGUACUCUGAAUUAGAGAUUAUGAAACAAGGUGGAAAUGCAAAAUUUACAGCAUACUUAAAACAAAAUGGUAUUGGUCUUCAUUGUGGACUACAAGAGAAGUACAACUCUCCUUCUGCUAAAAAGUAUAAAGAGAUGAUGAAGUCUAUUGGUGCACAAGCUAGUUCUCAUAUAUCACAACCAUCUCAUACUCAAAACAAGCCACAUCAGUACUCUGUAAAAUCCACAAGUGACGAUGAAAUACUUACUGAUGAAUGGGAAACUCUUGGUGGUGAAGACGAUGAUUGUAGUAGAAAAGGAGGUAGAAAAAAUGUUAAUCAACAAGCAGUAUUUGAAGAGGACAGAGAUAUUUUUAUUGAUGAAACAACUGAGCACAACGACGAGGUAAUAAUUGAUAGUGAUAGAGUUUCAAGACAUUCUUAUUCAGCAUAUAGCAAUAAUCAAAGUUCUAAAGAAGAUUCUUAUUUAACCAGUGUUACAAACGCAUUAGGGAUAGAAGAAUGUAGCAUUGUAUAG